CGGAUCCGCCCCACGCUGCGGAGCUGCAGCCUCCAGGCUACAGAAUAAUGUCCACGUUUCACUCCAGAUCCUCCCAUCCUCCCAGGGGAAAGGAAAUGGCUGCAAUGGAGCUGGCUCAGGAGCCAGUGACUUUCAAGGAGAUGGCUGUGGAUUUCACCAGGGAAGAGGGGGCUUUGCUGGACCCCACUCAGAGAGCCUUCUACAGGGAUGUUAUGCAGGAGAACUAUGAGACGGUGGUCUUGCUGGAGUUUCCAGUUUCCAAACCUGAUGUGAUCUCGCGGCUGGAACGAGGGGAAGAGCCGUGGGUCCCACACCUCCAGGGCUCUGAGAAAGAAGUACUCCCGAGAGGUGCCUGCACAGGGAGUGACCUAUGUCUGGAUUCUCUCUGUCUCCCAUCAGGUGAUGGGAUGGUGAGUGAGAACGAGGAGGAGAAACCCCAGCAGGAAGAUGCUGAGCAAGUAGAACCACAUGGAACGUUAUCAGGAAGAUCCAAAGGGAAUGUUUCCGGGAGUUGUGCACUCCCAGAAAAAGCAAAAGCCUGUGAGACUCAGCACAGGCCAGAGGAAAACUUCAGUAGCCACUCAAACCUUAUUACACGCGAGAGAAUCAACUUGGAAGAGACACGCUACACAUGCCAUAAGUGUGGGAAAAGCUUCAAUCGGAGCUCAACCCUUCUCACACAUUGGAGAACCCACACUGGCGAGAAACCCUACACGUGCUCUGAGUGCGGGAAAAGCUUCAAUCGGAGCUCUGCCCUGAUCACACAUCGGCGAAUCCACACUGGUGAGAAACCUUAUGCAUGCUCUGAGUGUGGGAAAAGCUUCAGUCAGAGGCCACACCUUACCGCACAUCAGACAAUCCACACGGGUGAGAAACCUUAUGAAUGCUCUGAGUGUGGGAAAUGCUUCAUUGAUAGUUCAACCCUCAUCUCACAUCAGCGAAUCCACACAGGAGAGACGCCCUAUACGUGCUCUGAGUGUGGGAAAAGCUUUAAUCAGCACUCACACCUUAUCACACAUCGUAGAAUCCACACAGGAGAGACGCCCUAUACAUGCUCUGAGUGCGGGAAAAGCUUCAAUCAGAGCUCAAACCUUAUCAAACAUAGGAGAAUCCACACGGGUGAGAAACCUCAUGGAUGCUCCGAGUGUGGAAAACGCUUCAUUCAUAGUUCAGCCCUCAUCUCACAUCAGAGAAUCCACACGGGAGAGAAACCUCAUGGAUGCUCCGAGUGUGGGAAACGCUUCAGUGAUAGUUCAGCCCUCAUCUCACAUCAGCGAAUCCACACAGGAGAGAGACCAUACACAUGCUCGGAGUGUGGGAAAAGUUUUAGUCGGCGCUCAGCUCUUAUCACACAUAGUAGAAUCCACACAGGAGAGAAACUCUACACGUGCUCUGAGUGCGGGAAAAGCUUCAAUCGGAGCUCAAACCUUAUUACACACAGGAGAAUCCACACGGGUGAGAAACCUUAUGGAUGCUCUGAGUGUGGAAAACGCUUCAUUCAUAGUUCAGCCCUCAUCUCACAUCAGCGAAUCCACACAGGAGAGAAGCCCUACACAUGCUCUGAGUGCGGGAAAAGCUUCAAUCAGAGCUCUGCCUUGAUCACACAUCAGAGAAUCCACACAGGAGAGACGCCCUUCACAUGCUCUGAGUGUGGAAAAAGCUUCAAUAAGAGCUCAAACCUUGUCGCACAUAGGAGAAUCCACACGGGUGAAAAACCUUAUGGAUGUUCUCAGUGUGGGAAACGCUUCAUUGAUAGUUCAACCCUCACCUCACAUCAGCGAAUCCACACAGGAGAGAGGCCCUACACAUGCUCUGAGUGUGGGAAAAGCUUCAAUCAGAGCUCAAACCUUAUCAAACAUCAGAGAAUCCACACAGGAGAGACGCCCUUCACAUGCCCUGAGUGUGGGAAUAGCUUUAGCCAGCACUCUCAACUUAUCACACAUUGUAGAAUCCACACAGGAGAGAAACCCUACACGUGCUCUGAGUGUGGGAAACGCUUCAGUUAUAGCUCAGCCCUUACCACACAUCAGAGAAUCCACACGGGUGAGAAACCUUAUGGAUGCUCUCAGUGUGGGAAACGCUUCAUUCAUCGUUCAGCCCUCACCUCACAUCAGCGAAUCCACACAGGAGAGAAGCCCUACACGUGCUCUGAGUGCGGGAAAAGCUUCAAUCAGAACUCUACCCUGAUCGUACAUCAGAGAAUCCACACAGGAGAGACGCCCUUCACAUGUUCUGAGUGUGGGAAAAGCUUCAAUCAAAGCUCAAACCUUAUUAAACAUCAGAGAAUUCACAUGAGAGAGACGCCCUAUGGAUUAUCUGAGUGUGGGAAAAGCUUCAAUCAGAGCUCAAGCCUUAUUAGACCUCAGAAAAUCCACAUGGGAGAGAACUGUAAUAAAUGCCUUGACUAGGACUGGCCAAAUAAUGUUUUGUUUUUAAAUCUCAUUUUCUAAUUCCCAUAUAAGGAUCAUCGAAGAGAGACUGACUGCCAGGAUCCCAGGACUGAUCCCCCUCUGGGGAAUGAAGCACAACGGCGAAAGGCUGUGUAGCCUUCACUAGUCUCCUUGUACCUGAAAAGCCUGCUAGCCUGAAGUGCUGGGCCAUCUGUCAUUACCUGGUUCCUCAACUGCAGCUACAGUUCCUACUCCAGGUGACUCCAAAGCCGAAGAGCUGCAGAGAUCCAACCCCUUGUAAUCUUUGCAAUUUAUUUUCCUUUUUCUAUUUUUGUCUAUUGUUUUUUAUGGACAUGGAGCCUUCCAGCCUUUCUAUUCGAUUGGGGUGUAACCGUGUGGCUCAGUGGGUGUGAGUGUGUGAACACUGAAAUCUACACAGGGAAGAUGCUAAGAAUAGUUCCCCAAAUCUUAAUAGCCUUAAAACUCUGCCCUAUGAAAUGACUUCAGGCAUGCUCCUUUCCCUAUGGAAGCAUUGCAAGGAAUUGAGCUGUCAGAUGUACGUUGUUCAGCAAGAGCUGUUUGAAGUUCUUUUACUGCUGUCUCUAUAAGGUCUGUCUGUGUGUUUUGGGGCGAGAGGGUGAGGAGAAGUAUUAGCGACACAAUAGUGAAAUCUAAGGAGAAAACUAAUGAGCUUUGAUGCUGUGGGCUAAAUUUAAGCAAUAAUUCGGUUUUGGUAUUGAAAUAUGCAGCUGGCUAAAUCUGGAAUGCACUGCCUUGGCGAAAAUCUCUGGGGUUUCGUCAUCACUAAAUAUGCACCUGUCUCCUUGGGUUGCUGUUUUAGGAUUUAUAAGGGUUGAUUUUCUGCUGUAUUCAUCUGAUGGUUUGACUAAAUUGAUGACUUGAUUCCAACACAAUAUCCUUGUUAACUCAUUGAUUUACUGAUUUGACCUGAACUUUCACACUGUAUUGUUUAACCCUUUGUUAGCUGAGUAGUAUUUAUAGUCAUUUAGCCUUAGUGAUGUGUGUUCUUGGUUUUAUUUGUUCAUGUUAAUAAAACAUGUAACUGGGA